AUGGCGUUGAGGGUGCAGAUUCAUUCAGCCUCAGUCCGCACAAAUGGCUCUUCGCAAACCUCGACUGUUGUUGCCUCUGGGUUAAGAAUCCAAAAGCAAGUGGUGGACUACAAGGACUGGCAAAUAGCCUUGAGCAGGAGGUUCAGGGCCAUCAAACUAUGGCUUGUGCUUAGAAGCUAUGGGGUGAACAACCUUAGGAACUUCAUUAGGAGCGAUGUGAAAAUGGUUAAGUUUUUUGAAGGGCUUGUGGAGAUGGACAAAAGGUUUGAGGUUGUGGUGCCUAGGAAGUUCUCUUCGGUGUGUUUUAGGGUUUCGCCAUCAGCAAUUAGUAAGGCUAAUUAUCCAACUGCAAAUUAUGAAAAAUGUGUAAACGAAGUGAAUUGCAAGUUGCUGGAGGCGAUCAAUGGGUUGGGUCGGGUGUUCAUGACCCAUGCUAUGGUUGGAGGCAUCUAUGUGUUGCGGUGUGCAAUUGGAACAACUCUGACUGAGGAAAAGCACGUAGGCAUGGCUUGGAAGGUGGUGCAAGAGCAUGCAGAUGCCAUUCUCCAUCCACCAUGUAUUAAUUAA